AUGGCGCGCGAGAGGCGGGAGAUACGGCGAAUAGAGAACGCGGCAGCGCGGCAGGUGACCUACUCCAAGCGCCGGCGCGGGCUGUUCAAGAAGGCGGAGGAGCUCGCGGUGCUCUGCGACGCCGACGUCGCGCUCGUCGUCUUCUCCGCCACCGGCAAGCUCUCGCAGUUCGCGAGCUCCAGGCACGCGCUCACUUCGCUAGCUACCGUUGCUCAGCUCCACUCCGCCCAUCCGACCUCGAUCACAUCUGCCGUUUUUCGAAACCUUUUUUUCUCGCCAUGUACGAAUGAUAUCAUUGACAAGUACAGUACACAUUCUAAGAAUCUGGGGAAAUCACAUCAGCAGCCUUCUAUUGAUUUGAAUGUAGAGCAGAGCAAGUACACUGGUUUGAACGAGCAACUUGCAGAAGCAACUCAUGGACUUAGACAGAUGAGAGGUGAAGACCUUGAGGGAUUGAGUGUAGAGGAAUUGCACCAAAUGGAAAGGAAACUUGAAGCAGGACUGCAUAGAGUGCUUAGUACAAAGGACCAGCUAUUCACACAACAAAUCAGCGAAUUACAGCAAAAGAUAAUAUGUAGUGGCAAACUAUUGGCGUUCAGUGCACACAAUGACAUUUUAAUUAAGUUGCUUGUUUGA